GAGGGAAUGGAGGGGAGUGUAUCAGACGAAAUAUCAGGACAAUUUUCAUUCAAGACGGCCCAAUAAAAAAUAUUUAUUAGGAAGAAAGAAUCUUCAGCUCCUCAAGCACUGUCAUUAAAGCCUUUCAACUGUGUAGAGUUAAGAUGUGGGGGAGUAUGAUGAGCUGAUUGAUGAGCGUUGAUCAUGAAGCCCAGAGUAAGUGCAGCCUGGUCCAUCACAGAGUCUAUGACCCUACCUUAAGUUGUAGAGGAAGAGAAUGAGGAAAUUAGAUAAAGAUAAAGUGGACGAGUGGAGGACUGCACCCCCAGCAUCCCCCAGUCCUGAAGCAACAUGUCAGGACUCCAGCUGGUCACCCCCGCCUCCAAUCCCAUGGGGCCUUUCUUUGGUCUCCCAUGGCAACAGGAGGCCAUCCACGACAACAUCUACACGCCUUGGAAAUAUCAGGUUGAACUUCUUGAAGCAGCUCUUGACCACAAUACUAUCGUCUGUUCAAAUACUGGCUCAGGGAAGACCUUUAUUGCAGUACUCUUAACUAAAGAGCUUUCCCACCAAAUCCGGGGAGACUUCGCCAAACAUGGGAAUAGGACAGUUUUCCUGGUGAACACAGCAUUGUCUGUGAUUCAGCAAGCAGCUAGUGUUAGGACCCACUCUGAUCUCCAGGUUGGAGAAUACACCAGCGUGGAGAAGACCUCCUCAUGGUCUGGGGAAAAGUGGAGCCAAGAAAUGAUCGAAAAUCAGGUGCUCGUUAUGACUUGCCAUAUCUUCCUGCAUGUGCUGAAGAAUGGAGUGUUGCCACUAUCGAAACUCAACCUGGUGGUGUUUGAUGAGUGUCACCUGGCAAUCACAGACCAUCCCUACCGGGAGAUAAUGAAGCUAUGUGAAGGCUCUCUGUGCAGCCCUCGCAUCCCGGGCCUCACAGCAUCCAUUCUGAAUGGUAAAUGUGACCCAUCUGAACUGGAGCAGAAGAUCCAGAACCUGGAGCGGAUCUUAAGGAGCAAUGCAGAGACCGCUACUGACCUUGUAGUCCUUGACAGAUACGCUUCCCAGCCCAGAGAAGUGGUGCUGGACUGUGGACCCUACCUGGACAAGAGUGGCCUCUCUGAGUGUCUGCUGAGCAAGCUGGAUGAGGCUCUCCACUUCAACGACUGCAACCUAUCUGUGCCUCGAGAGGACAGAGACCCCACCUUCAUAACCAAACAGGUGCUGAGGGACUGCCGGACAGUGCUGCUGGUGCUGGGGCCAUGGUGUGCCGACAAGGUGGCUGGUAUCAUGGUGAGGGAGCUACAGAAGUACAUCAAAAACGAACAGGAAGUGAUCAACAGGAAGUUCCUGCUCUUCACUGACAACAUCCUGAGGAAGGUCCACGCUCUGUGCGAAGAGCACUUCUCCCCGGCUUCUUUGGACUUAAAGUUCGUGACCCCCAAGGUCAUCUGUCUCUUAGAGAUCCUCCAUGAGUACAAGCCUUUCGAGAGGCAGCAGUUUGAGAGCGUGGAGUGGUACAACAACCGCAAUGAGGACAACUACGUAUCGUGGAGUGACUCCGAGGACGAAGAUCAGGAUGAGGAGGUGAAGGAGAUGCCCGAGGCAAUCUUCCCCUCGCCAUUCACCAACAUUCUGUGUGGGAUCAUCUUCGUGGAUAGGCGCUACACGGCCGUCGUCCUCAACCGGCUGAUAAAAGAGGCCGGGAAGCAGGACACAGAGCUGGCCUACAUCAGCAGUAACUUCAUCACAGGCCACAGCAUCGGCAAGAACCAGCCACGCAACAAACAGUUGGAGGUGGAAUUCAGGAAGCAGGAAGAGGUUCUGCAUAAGUUCCGAGCCCACGAGACCAACCUGCUCAUAGCGACCAGCAUCGUGGAGGAAGGAGUGGAUAUUCCCAAAUGUAAUCUGGUGGUGCGUUUCGACUGCCCACUCGACUACAGGUCCUACGUUCAGUCUAAAGGCCGAGCCAGAGCUCCUGUAUCCAACUACAUCAUGCUGGCUGACAGUGAGAGGGCCAAGGCCUUCGAGGAUGACCUGAAGACCUACAAGGCCAUAGAGAAGAUGCUGAGGAAUAAGUGUUCCAAGGCAGCAGGGGUCGGUGAGUUUGAGGUGGAACAGGAGCUGGAUGAUGACAACAUCCUGCCUCCCUACGUGCUCCGCUCUGAGGACGGAGGGUCCCGCGUCACCAUCAACACGGCCAUCGGACACAUCAACGGAUACUGUGCCCGUCUGCCCAGUGACCCAUUUACCCACCUGGCACCCAAGUGUAAGACCAAGGAGCUUCAGGAUGGGCGCUACAAGUCAACCCUCUACCUGCCCAUCAACUCCCCUCUACGGGUGCCCGUCGCUGGGCCGACAAUGAACUGUGCAAGACUGGCAGAGAAAGCAGUAGCACUGCUUUGUUGUGAAAAGCUUCACAAAAAAGGUGAGUUAGAUGACCACUUGAUGCCUGUGGGGAAGGAGACAGUGAAGUAUGAGGAGGAGCUGGAUCUCUAUGACGAGGAGGAGACCAGUGUUCCAGGCAGGCCAGGAUCCACCAAGAGGAGGCAGUGCUACCCUAAAGCUAUACCGGAGUGUCUUCGGCACAGUUACCAUGUACCGCAGCAGUCUUACUACCUGUAUGUGGUCGGCAUGGUCCUCACCACCCCUCUGCCUGAUGAGCUCAACUUCCGCCGCAGGAAGCUCUACCCUCCAGAAGACUCUACCAGGUGCUUCAGCAUCCUGACCGCCAAACCUAUACCUCGGAUUCCCCAUUUUCCUGUUUACACACGGUCUGGUGAGGUGACCAUCUCCAUCGAGCUCCAGAAGGCAGGGUUCACCCUGAGUGCUAUCCAGCUGGACCUGAUCACCAGAUUACACCAGUACAUCUUCUCUCACAUCCUCCGCCUGGAGAAACCUGCUUUGGAGUUCAAACCCACGCAGGCCGACUCAGCCUACUGCGUUCUACCUCUCAAUGUUGCUAACGAUUCCAUCACUCUAGAUUUGGACUUUCAAUUCAUGGAGGACAUAGAGAAGUCUGAGGCUCGUACUGGCAUUCCUACCACCCUGUACACCAAGCAGAACCCCUUCACCUUCAAACUGGAAGACUACCAAGACGCUGUCAUCAUUCCACGGUAUCGUAACUUUGACCAGCCUCACCGUUUCUACGUGGCUGACGUUUACACAGACCUCACACCACUUAGCAAGUUCCCGUCACCGGAGUAUGAGACUUUUGCUGAGUACUACAAAACCAAGUACAACCUGGACCUAUCCAAUGUAAACCAGCCACUAUUGGAUGUCGACCACACCUCACGACUGAACCUGUUAACCCCUCGCCACCUGAACCAGAAGGGGAAAGCACUGCCCCUCAGCAGUGCAGAGAAGAGGAAGGCCAAGUGGGAGAGUCUACAGAACAAACAGAUCCUGGUCCCAGAGCUGUGUGCCAUCCACCCCAUCCCAGCCUCUCUGUGGCGGAAGGCUGUGUGUUUCCCCAGCAUACUGUACCGCCUCCACUGCCUCCUCACAGCUGAGGAGCUGAGGACCCAGACAGCUAGCGACGCUGGAGUUGGAGCCCAGACCCUGCCCCUUGACUUCAGGUAUCCAAUCCUGGACUUUGGAUGGAAGAAGUCCAUCGACAGCAAGUCUUUCAUCUGUCUGCGUGAUGAGGAAGAGUAUGAUGAUGAUGAGGAGGAGGAAGAGGAUAGCGGUGAUGAGAACUGUAAACAUCACGACCAGACUGCAGCCCCUGACCCUGCUGUUGCUCAGCAACCCUGUAGUGACUGUCAUGUCUCCUCCCAGCCUGAGAGGGGUGAUGUCAGCAAACACCCAGAAGCUGGCAGGACAGAGGAGGAGGAGCCCCAGCAGCCAGACUCUGCCUCCUGCACCAAUACCCUCACUAAUGGCACUGCUGCCGUCGCCAAAGACGACAGUGACUACGGCGACCACACACACCUUCAUGACAGACGUGAUAACUCCCGUUUCCUCCCGGCUGGCCCUGGUUCGCCACUGGAGAGUGAAGAAGUAUCAAUAGCAAUGACAACACAAACCACUGCCUCAGUUCUUCCUGUGCAGCUCUCUCCAAGCACAGAGAACCCGAAUCUAACCCGAACACUUUUACCUGACUACUCAAAGACCCAGGAGACCAGUUCCACAGGGGGACACACACCUGGCCCCUGCCCCAAGACCCUGGGGCACAACCCGGGGCUUAUCCUUCAGGCCCUGACCCUAUCCAACGCCAGCGAUGGCUUCAACCUGGAGCGUCUGGAGAUGCUGGGAGACUCGUUCUAGAAGCACGCCAUCACCACCUACCUGUUCUGUACUUACCCCGACGCACACGAGGGACGACUCUCCUACAUGAGGAGCAAGAAGGUGAGCAACUGUAACUUGUAUCGUCUGGGGAAGAAGAAAGGUGUUCCAAGCAGGAUGGUAGUGUCCAUAUUUGAUCCGCCGGUCAACUGGCUGCCCCCUGGCUACGUGGUCAACCAGGACGAGAGCGAAGACGAAUGGGAUGAGGAUGAGACCAAAGAUGACCCCCUGGACAACGGUAGUGCUGGAAAAGAGUUCUGUGAGGAUGAGGUGCAGCUCGAGGAGGAGUUGCUGGAGGAGGAUGAAGAUCUGAUGUGAAAGGAGUCUAAAGAAGUCAGCAUCGAGGACGACCUGGAGUACUUCCAGGAGCACAUUAAGUUCAUCGACAACAUGCUCAUGAGCUCCGGUGCCUUGGGCAAGAAGAUCUCCCUCAGGAACUUACCCGCUGCCCUCGCCACCUCGGCCCCUGGCCCCAGCCCCUCCGCCCGCUCCUCCGCCCCUGCAGCCGAGCCCAGCUUCGGGGUGUGGAAACCCCCCAAGAAACCUGGCCCGGUCCCCACCCCCGACUACCCCUCGGAGCCUGGCGGUGGUGGCUCAGCAGAUGAGUUUGACUACAGCUCGUGGGACGCCAUGUGUUACUUGGACCCCAGGAAGGCGGGGGAGGAGGAUGAUUUCGUGGUGGGUUUCUGGAAUCCGUCUGAGGAGAACUGUGGGGUGGAGCUGGCAAAACAGUCCAUCUCCUACGACCUGCACACGGAGCAGUGCAUCGCUGACAAGAGCAUCGCUGACUGUGUAGAGGCACUGCUGGGCUGCUACCUCACCAGCUGUGGGGUGUUACUGGUGGAGAGUCAGACUCUGAGGGAGGAGGGCGGAGUCACAGAGGUAGCGAACCUUGACGUCCAAUAUGGCUGGCUGAAGAUCCCGCCCCGCUGCAUGUUCGACCACCCGGACGCAGAGCGCACCCUCAACCACCUCAUCUCCGGCUUUGAGAACUUUGAGAGGAAAAUCAGCUACACCUUCCAGAACAAGGCCUACCUGCUGCAGGCGUUCACACACGCCUCCUACCAUUAUAAUACCAUUACAGAUUGUUACCAGCGGCUGGAGUUUCUUGGCGAUGCAAUUUUAGACUACCUCAUAACGAAGCACCUUUAUGAAGACCCUCGCCAACACUCUCACGGCGUGCUCACAGACCUGCGCUCGGCACUCGUCAACAACACCAUCUUCGCCUCCCUGGCCGUCCAGUACGACUACCACAAGUACUUCAAGGCUGUGUCGCCCGAGCUGUUCCACGUCAUCGACGACUUUGUGCAAUUCCAGCUGGAGAAGAAGGAGAUGCAAGGCAUGGACUCUGAGCUGCGGCGGUCAGAGGAAGACGAGGCGAAAGAGGAGGACAUUGAGGUCCCCAAGGCAAUGGGAGACAUCUUUGAGUCGCUAGCCGGAGCAAUUUACAUGGAUAGCAGGAUGUCACUGGAGACUGUGUGGCAAGUGUAUUAUCCAAUGAUGAGGCCACUUAUAGAGAAAUUCUAAGCAAAUGUCCCUCGCUUUCCGGUGUGGGAGCUGUUGGAGAUGGAGCCAGAGACGGCCAAGUUCAGCCCUGCAGAGAGGACGUACGACGGGGAGGUCGUAGGCAAGGGCAAGUUUAAAGGCGUGGGCCGCAGCUACCGGAUCACCAAGUCUGUCGCCGCGCGCCGGGCUCUGCGCAGCCUCAAAGCCAACCAACCUCAGGUCCCGAACAACUGAGCGUCACACGCUAACUAGCUAGCUACUGACGCUAGCAACUGACACUAGCUACCUACAACUGUUACUAGCCGGUAGCCACUGAUGCUAGCCACUGAUGCUAGCUACUGAUGCUAGCUACUGAUGCUAGCUACUGACGCUAACCAGUAGUUGCCGGUGCUAGCGAUUGAUGCUAGUUACCAAUACAGUGCAACAUUAGCCCUGUAUCUCCAGCACACAACGGCGCAGCCAGGGAACGUUCUGUAGAGACCUGGGAAAGUCCCAACACAACAAGAGAGCUUGAUCUGGUCGUAACGGAUUUUACGUUGGAUGUUUUUUUGCGCAAACACAAUCUUUACUUUCCUUCUCUGCUUUGUGUAAAUCACAAGAGUGCUUUAUUAACAUAUAGCAUAGUGUUAAGAAAGAAGAAGAAAAAGGUCAGGUGUCGCUAUGUUUAUUUCAGUUUUUUUAAUGUUUGCUUUGUGUCAGUGAGAUAUGAGGCUUAUGCUUAUUAUGAGUAGUUUUAGAUGGUUCAAAUCAAACGUGUAAAUCAAAAACCGCUAAACUCCUCAGUCUGUGCACUAGUGACAGUUUUAAAGUGUUUUUUAAAACGCUAUGGCAAGCAGAGGCCAGACCACCGACGAAAUAGACCAUUGGGACCCACCUCUGUCUGAACUCUCUUGAAAUGUUAUUCUUAGGAUGCUUCUCAAAUGGCACCCUUUCCCCUAUAUACGACCCUAUGGGCCCUGGUCAAAAGUAGUGAACUAUAUAGGGAAUAGGGUACCAUUAGGAAUGCGUGAUCAGUCAUUAUUGCAUUAUUCCAUUACUCUCUGUUGUGUUUAGAAUUGUGUGGUCGGAUGGACAUAAAUACUAUACGUAACAAUAUCUAUAAAUUUACGAUGAAAUAUAAAUAUUAUUUGCCUUACAUACUAAGACCCUUCCUCGUAUCCUGAAAAAAAAAUGAUAGAAAGUCAACAUACCCAGUUACUGUAAUUUAAAAAUAGAUUUUAAACAGCAUUUGAGGAUGCAUGUUAGUGUAGCUUAUGUAUUAAUAACCAUGGCAAGUGGAUGGCUUAUAUAAACAUUAUAAAUCCAUCAAUAUAUCUAAAGUGAAAGAAAUUAUAUGUUUACUAUGACAUAAGUUGGAACUUUGGUUUCAAGUAUGUCUUUUGAUACUAAGAUUGAUAAUGUUCCUUUUGAUGGUCAUUUUUUUAGCAUUUAGUUCUGUCUCUCUAUUGGCUGAGUUGUUUAGCUUUUGAAAAUAUUAUGAAAAAGAAAACAUAUCACCCAGGUAAUAUGCUGCAGAUUUUGUAUGAAUAGGAUACUUCUGUAAGGCACAGAGCACCUUUUAAGUAGUCUUUAGGACACAUAGACAACGUUGUUCUUCAACAGAAUUGCGGUUCACACAUCCCUUCACGUACCAAAGCUUAUGCAGAUGUGGCACAUGUGAGUUCCUAGGGAUAUGGAUACCAGCCUUUUUGUUUUAUUAUUUAGUUCAAACACAUUGUGACUACAUAGCUUCGUAGACUAAAUGUUUUUAUUUUCUCAAAAAUGUCAUUAGGCCCUCUUCACUUGAAUACCUCAGUUGAUUGCAUGCAACAAAAAAAUUGGUGCCAUGAUUUUUUUUCUCUUCAUUUUAAGCUUGAAUUUCAUCCUUUUUGCACUGUACCUACAAUACCUCUUUAUUUGACCUUUGAAAUCUCUCAGUUGGGUUGAUUGACCUGUUUUAGCAGCCAUCAAGCUGUGGAGGUUUUGCUUCGUUGUUGUCAUAGUUUUUUCCCUCUCCCCUCUUUUGAUUUAAUGCUUGAAGAUUUGGUGGGGUUAAACCAGAGGAUAUUCUCAUUCUGCACAUACAUAGGCCUAAAUUAAUGUGUUUAGUCUCUGUUGAGCAUCAAUCCUCUUCAAAUGACAAAGAAAUUAAUUAGCAAUGAUCCGACGAGGGUUCCAUCUGUACUGUAGCUUGUUGAGGUAAGCCGAUUGCACUCUCUCUCUCACCUUGUGUGGCCAGCCCAGUCUUACUGUAGGUUGAAGACUCUUAAGAUUCUAGAUUUUCAGAUACUAAGAUUCUAAAUUCUAAGAUAAUUUCUCACUCUACUCUCAACUCACUUGAAAAUGGCAUUCCUCACAGCUGUUUCAUUCCUUAAACUGUUACACCCGUGUUGUCCUAAAACAGUGGGUGUGCAACAAACGUAUUUAAGCUCUUUCAAAUGAUUAACUUAGUAGUGCCCAAAGUGAAUGAAUGAAUUAGGAGGUUUGUGGUGCAUUUUAUGGUGUUAUAUUUCAUAUAUAUAUCAUGUAUGCUUUCGACGCUUUCUGUCAGUAUGGCAAAUGUAUGGCUAAGUCAUAAAAUCCUACCGUAGGUAUACUACCUUAGAAGACACUGCACUCUGACCAUUGCCAGUCACAAUGUCUUGUUUAAAUAUAUAUAUAUCAAUACAAAUGAACUGUUUUUUCUGGACACAACUGCAAUUUGACAAAUAUCUAUUGCAGGGACAUAUAUAUUGUAGCCUUUUUACUGUGAUAUCCGUACGUUGAAAAAUGAAAUCUAUCUAUAUACAUAUAGACAUGUAUAAACUCACGUAAUUCUUUGCAAAGAGGCAACAUUCCCACAGAGUUACUUGUAUCUAUUAGAUGAUGUAUAUUUUUGACAGGCGAAUAACGCAAACUAAAACAGUGCCUUUCGACUUAUAGUAUCCUGACUAAUCAAGUGAAUUCUGCAACUCUUGCCUCUCGAAGGCAACCUUGCAUACAGUAGCUGCAACGAGCCUAGUACUGUUUGUUCAUAGUGGGUAUGUGUGUAUGCAUGCAAUACUAUUAAUUAACCUGGUGCCAUACAAUGGAAUUUGGUUUCUGAACUUUGGAAUACCCAUGUAAAUAUGCUACAUUUAUACAUUAUUGAUAACAGCAUUCAAAAGGUGCGCGUGUAUGUGACUAGAAGGAAGGCUUAACUAAACUACAGUGGUGUAUAUUAUAUUAUAACGUUAUUAUAUAUAUUCAUAUUCUGACCGUUUGUUUUAUAACAUAUAAUUUGACAUCAGAUGCCAUCGUUUAGAGUUCAUUCUGGAUUUAUGCUCUCAAGCAGCAGUAGUGUGACCCCGUUAAGCAUUCGUUAAGUAUUGAAAUUUGGUCUAAAGUGUACAUUGGUUCCAAGGAGGGGGACUUCAUCAUAAUAAGCCUCAAGUAUCGGACUGGAGAUUGGAGCUUCAGGCACUACCAGGCACACUGUCUCUCUCCAACACUCAGUCAGUCUAAAGAACUGCAGCUAAUGUAACAUUCAUCUAUAUAUGUUUUGGUUCUGUGUUCUGGAAUUUCAAUGCGUGCGUGCACACACACAAAUGUUUUAUUUGGGGGCCAUGACUUUAAAAUAAUAUGACAUCACUCACAUGGUGCCACACCCAUUGUCUUUUUUUCACUGAUGAAUAUACACAAUUAAGAAAUGAUCAUUCAAGCCAGAUGUUGCAGCAUGAUCAAUUUCCAACCUGAGUGUUGUAUUAGUAAAGGUGUUUGAUGGGAGUGUAGUUAUAAGGUAGUCCUCAAUCGUUUGCGGACUGGCAACUGAUAAUUGUUUUUUGUUUGCUCUUUUGUACAUGUAGCACAAUUUUGCAUUGCACUUGGGCGCCAUACUUUACCUCUUGUCAGAGAAAGUGUUUUUAUGAUGCUGCUGUUAUGUGCAGAGGAGGAACUACUUGUGGUUUAGACUUUGCUGCCGUUUUGAUUGCUGGUAUUUUGCAAUUGUAUUUAAAGGGUCAAACAGAGAUAUCUGACUGCCGAUGUGUACAUGGCACCUCUGCCCAGAGUGUCAGCAGUUAAGCUUUUUUUUGUUCACCUAUAACUGUUUUAUCUCUGAUUUGCUUUGUUUAAAUACUCCAGGCCACAAGGUGACAGUAGCUAGUUUGGCUUGUGCCUGCUGUAGCUAAUGUAAGCUAACGCGCAAGCUGCGCUAAUGUUGCUAGCUCGCUAGAAUUUGUAGUAAGCCCUUGUUCAUACCAACCAGAUGGCCACAACUAGAUAACUAGCAACAUUAUAUUUGAAUCACACUGGAUACGUUUUUGAAGCAUCUUACUAGAUCGUUAGCUUGGUUAAGCAUUUAGUGCAUUGUGCUGCACUUACCACCCCAUUCGUUUCAUAUGAAAUGUGUGUGACUGCCAAGCUCAGUUAGCAAGCUAACAUUAGCUAACUAAUGAUCAGGUGCACAUUAUCAAACUGAACCUAACAACAACAAAAAAAUUCGAGCACAAAACUCCUUAGCUAGAUGUAGAAGAUGUAAAGACUUGCUCUAGAAAAAUUGUUUUUUUAAUUUAUUUAUUAGUUUCAACAACUGUGACGAAAGAGGUGGUUUACAUCAGAAAAAUCCCCUAUUUUUCUCUGUACAAAUAACUCACUUCUGUCAGUUCCUCCACGUGGGGGUCGUACUCUCUGAUUGAAUCAAAGUCAAGUUGUCGGCCACUGACGAGCAUUGUGGUUCUACAAGUAAAAACGACAGGUUCGUCUGUACCAGGUCGGGACACAACAGGGGCGUCUUUUGUUCUAGCAAGAGCGGGAACGGCCUCCUAAGGCUCUAGUGCCUAUCGGCAAUCAGAUUUCUCUGUGUGUCUGUACCAUAAGAAGCGAUGGAGGGGAAAGAUACGAUGUGCCUACAGCAGGAUACCAUCUGAUGAAUACACUAGUAAAGAAUUAAAAGAUCUCUGCGAUAGGACGGGGGCUAAAAUGUAUGCAUCGAUGUCCUGCCUUCAAUGUUAUUCUUUGAUUAUUGAAUUUUAAUGCAACCCACAAACCGCCAUGUCCUCCCAAUAGGCAUGACUUGAAUUAUGUUUAGUCAACUAUUUCCCCCCUUUGAGUUAGAUUACAUUUAACUAGUUCCACACGAGUAGUGCAAGUCCAGUAGAAAGAUG